AUGCAAAAUGGUUCGCGUUCUUCGGUUAUAUUACCAACCGCUGUUGUAAAAGUGUAUGACAUUUCUGGAAAGACUCAUCUCGUUGGCGUUUUGUUGGAUAGUGGUUCUCAGGUUUCGUUCGUAACUGAUAGUUUGGUGAAAAGACUUGGUCUACGUCGUUCUCAUGCUCGUUUACCAAUAUCCGGGAUUUCGUCUGUUGAAGCUGGUGUGACUCAAGGUGCUGCUGAGUUAAAAUUAAAAUCCCGCAUUAACUCACAUACUAUGCAAGUUGAGGCAUAUAUUCUCAACCAAAUAACUUCCCAAACGCCAUCGCUUUCGUUGGAAGCCAGCAAUUUCACUUUUUUUGACGAUCUUUUGCUAGCGGACGUAGGAUUCAAAAACCCAGGUCCCAUUGAUGUUUUGUUGGGGGCUGACAAGGCUUGGAGUAUUCUGCUAAGUGAUCAUCGUUCAGAUCCAGAGGGAAAGGUGGUUGCUCAUGAGACAUUGUUUGGAUGGGUUGUAACGGUUUGUUUGCCAGGAAAUUCGUUAUUUUGGCUUGAUGUUAUUUUGAAAUCCUUUUGGGAAAUUGAAGAGGUACCUCCUAGUUCUUCCUUUAGAGUAAUUGAAGAUGAGAACUUCCUUUUCGACAAGAACAUGUUAAGUUUGCUAACUCCAUAUCUGGAGCUUUGUCUAGACUUCUCGCAAUGGAACGCCGGUUUUUCGCGUGAUAAAGACCUAAAAGUGGAAUACUGCAAGUUCAUGCAGACUUAUUUGAAUCUGGGACACAUGGAGCGUAUCCCUGAUGAGAAAAUAGAACCUACGUCGGGAAGUGUUUUCUAUUUGCCACAUCACGCUGUGAUUACAAACAAAAUUUGUGUUGUUUUUGAUGGUUCUCAUAAGGAUACCAAAAACUGUUCUCUUAAUGAAAUGCUUCAUAUAGGAACUCCUCUUCAACGAAAUUUGGUUAACGUUUGUAUUCGUUUUCGUCUUCACCGUUUCGUAUUUUGUGCUGACAUUGUUAAAAUGUUUCGGCAAAUUUGGGUGCAUCCAAAGCAUCGGGAUUUUCAGAGGAUAGUUUGGAGAGAAUCCCCUGAUAGUCCAAUAUCGCAUUUUCGUUUGGCUACGGUAACAUAUGGUACUUCACCUGCUCCAUAUUUGUCCAUGAAAGUUCUCCGUCAAAUAUCGUUUGAUUACAAACACCAGUUUCCCUUAGCAUCACAUGCAGUUUUGCAUGACAUGUAUGUUGAUGACCUAAUGACGGGGGCUGUUUCGCUGUCGGCGACUUUGGAGCUGAAGAAGCAGAUCGUCGAGAUGUUGUCGUGUGGAGGUCUUGAGCUCAGCAAGUGGAGCUCUAAUUGUUGGGAAAUAUUGCGUGACAUCGACUGUAAAGAAGCUGUUUCACUGGAUUUGGAUAGUUCUUCUGAGUGCACCAAGGUUCUCGGUUUGGAGCUGUGGAACGCCAAGACGAAAAUUGAUUGGGAUGAUCCUUUGCCCUUUGAAAUCGCAGAAAAAUGGAAGCUGUAUCGGGAGAAUUUGACCUAUUUUGAAAACUUUAGGAUUUUUCGAAGGUUUGCCCAAAAUUCUAAAAGCUUGGAGUUGAUAGGUUUUUCGGAUGCUUCAGAAAAGGCUUAUUCUGCAGUGGUUUACUGUCGUAGUUGUUCGGAAGAUGUUCUUGAAGUGAAGUUAGUCGCCGCCAAGACUCGAGUUGCUCCAGUAAAGCAGUUGUCAAUUCCACGCCUGGAACUUUGUGGGAGUCUCCUCGUUUAA